GAAAACCGGAAGUAAUAUUUCACGCGCAUGGCGCUCUUCGAGGCAUUAUUUUUCUUCUAAACGCAAAUACAUUUUUUUUUAUCUUCAAUAAGAUUAUAUUUGGUGAGCGGAAUAUAACGACACGCAGUUCUCUGAGAGAUGGAGGCUGAUUUGUAUGACGAGUUUGGGAACUACAUCGGUCCGGAGCUGGACUCUGACGAUGAUGAGGAUGAUCUGGACGCCGAGGACAGAGACGUCGACGAGGGUGACGAGGACGAUGAGGACGAGCCCGCUGAUGCUGACGAUGACGUUCCUGGAAUGGAGGUGGUGCUGCACGAGGACAAGAAGUACUACCCCACCGCAGAGGAGGUGUAUGGUCCGGAGGUGGAGACAAUUGUCCAGGAGGAAGACACUCAACCUCUGACAGAGCCCAUCAUCAAGCCUGUGAGAAGCCGGCAGUUCACCCUCAUGGAGCAGGAGUUACCUGCCACCGUUUACGACAUGGAAUUUCUGGCUGAUCUGAUGGACGGACCCGAGCUGAUCCGGAACGUCACGCUCUGUGGUCACCUUCACCACGGCAAGACCUGUUUCGUGGACUGCCUGAUUGAACAGACACACCCAGAAAUCAGGAAGAGGGACGACGUGGACCUCCGGUACACAGACAUCCUCUUCACAGAGCAGGAGAGAGGCGUCGGCAUCAAAAGCACACCUGUGACGAUGGUCCUGCCCGACUCCAGAGGAAAGUCCUACCUCUUCAACAUCAUGGACACUCCAGGUCAUGUGAAUUUCUCUGACGAGGUUACAUCAAGCAUCCGCAUCUCAGACGGCGUCGUGCUGUUCAUCGACGCAGCUGAAGGAGUGAUGCUGAACACGGAGCGUCUGAUCAAACACGCCGUGCAGGAGCGCAUGGCCAUCACCAUCUGCAUCAACAAGGUGGACCGGCUGAUCGUGGAGCUCAAGCUGCCGCCCACCGACGCUUACUACAAGCUGCGCCACAUCGUGGACGAGGUCAACGGUUUGCUCAGCACUUACUCCACAGACGAGAACCUGGUGGUGUCGCCGCUGCUGGGGAACGUCUGCUUCGCCAGCUCUCAGUACAGCAUCUGCUUCACUCUGGGCUCCUUCGCAAAGAUCUACUCGGACACUUACGGCGACAUCAACUAUAAUGAGUUUGCCAAGAGGCUGUGGGGUGACAUUUACUUCAACCCCAAAACCCGGAAGUUCACCAAGAAGGCUCCCAGCAGCAACUCCCAGCGCAGCUUUGUGGAAUUUGUUUUGGAGCCGCUCUACAAGAUCCUCUCACAGGUGGUUGGGGAUGUGGACACGUCGCUGCCCCGGGUUCUGGAUGAGCUGGGGAUCCACCUGACGAAGGAGGAGCUGAAGCUGAACAUCAGACCUCUGCUCAGGCUCGUCUGCAACCGGUUCUUCGGAGAGUUCACAGGUUUUGUGGACAUGUGCGUGCAGCACAUCCCCUCACCUCAAGAGGGCGCCCGGAACAAGAUCGAGCACACCUACACUGGCGGCCUGGACUCAGACUUGGGGGAGGCCAUGGCCGAGUGCGAUCCUGAGGGCCCCCUGAUGUGCCACACCACCAAGAUGUACAGCACGGAGGACGGCGUCCAGUUCCACGCCUUCGGCCGGGUGCUGAGCGGCACCAUCCAGGCCGGCCAGCCCGUCAAGGUGCUGGGCGAGAACUACACCCUGGAGGACGAGGAGGACUCGCAGGUCUGCACCGUGGGCCGCCUCUGGAUAUCCGUAGCCCGGUACCAGGUGGAGGUGAACCGAGUGCCGGCGGGAAACUGGGUUCUCAUCGAAGGCUGUGAUCAGCCGAUCGUCAAAACCGCCACCAUCACAGAGCCCCGAGGGAACGAGGAGGCUCAGAUUUUCCGUCCUCUGAAGUUCAACACGGCGUCGGUUAUAAAGAUCGCGGUGGAGCCGGUCAACCCGUCAGAGCUGCCCAAGAUGCUGGACGGACUGAGGAAGGUCAACAAGAGCUACCCGUCGCUCACCACCAAGGUGGAGGAGUCUGGAGAACACGUGAUUCUGGGGACGGGAGAGCUUUACCUGGACUGCGUCAUGCACGACUUGAGGAAGAUGUACUCCGAGAUCGACAUUAAAGUGGCCGAUCCGGUCGUGACGUUUUGUGAAACGGUCGUGGAGACGUCGUCUCUGAAGUGCUUCGCCGAGACGCCCAACAAAAAGAACAAGAUCACCAUGAUCGCCGAGCCCCUGGAGAAAGGUCUGGCCGAGGACAUCGAGAACGAGGUGGUGCAGAUCACAUGGAACAGGAAGAAGCUGGGAGAGUUCUUCCAGACCAAGUACGACUGGGAUCUGCUGGCCGCCAGGUCCAUCUGGGCCUUCGGGCCCGACACCACGGGGCCCAACAUCCUGGUGGACGACACGCUGCCGUCUGAGGUGGACAAGGCGCUGCUGGGCUCGGUGAAGGACAGCAUCGUGCAGGGCUUCCAGUGGGGCACCAGGGAGGGGCCGCUGUGCGACGAGCCCAUCAGGAACGUGAAGUUUAAGAUCCUGGACGCCGUCAUCGCCCAGGAGCCGCUGCACCGGGGCGGAGGUCAGGUCAUCCCCACGGCCAGGAGGGUGGUGUACUCCGCCUUCCUCAUGGCCACGCCGAGGCUCAUGGAGCCGUACUACUUUGUGGAGGUCCAGGCCCCGGCGGACUGCGUGUCUGCCGUCUACACCGUUCUGGCUCGGAGGAGAGGCCACGUCACUCAGGACGCCCCCAUCCCCGGCUCGCCGCUCUACACCAUCAAGGCCUUCAUCCCCGCCAUCGACUCCUUCGGCUUCGAGACCGACCUGCGCACGCACACCCAGGGCCAGGCCUUCGCCCUGUCCGUCUUCCACCACUGGCAGAUUGUGCCCGGCGACCCGCUGGACAAGAGCAUCGUGAUCAGACCCCUGGAGCCGCAGCCCGCCCCCCACCUGGCCCGGGAGUUCAUGAUCAAGACCCGGCGGCGCAAGGGUCUGAGCGAAGACGUGAGCAUCAGCAAGUUCUUCGACGACCCCAUGUUGCUGGAGCUGGCCAAACAGGACGUGGUGCUGAACUACCCCAUGUGAGGCUGCGGCCGCACCCCCAACCCCACGGACGGAUCGGUUCUUCCUUUUCCCCUCUUGUAUUGUUAUUUUUUAUAUGUACAAACUCACUGUUUUUGUAGACGGUAACUGAAUUAAAGAUGUGAUGACACCCGGA